AUGGAUCCAAUAGCUCUUCCCUCGCCAGAGAAUGUCAUCCGUCCUUUUGGGUACUCCACGAGUGACUGUGGCUACUGUAAGGGGGAGAGGGCAGCAUUGUUGCCGGGUAAUGUCUCACCUAAUGACUGCUCGAAGUCGUGGGGAAUGCUGGCCGAUGUAAUGACAGCUAGCGCCUAUGAAGGUUUCAUUGCAAAAGGAUGGAGAAGAUCGGGGAUCCAUCUGUAUAAGCCAAGUAAUUUCGAGAGCUGCUGCCCAACAUUAGCCAUCAGAUUAAUAGCUGAUCGAUUCGCAAUGACUAAAUCUCAAGCAAAGGUGCUCAAGAAGAUGAAGAACCUACUCCAGCCACCGCUCCAAAAGGAGAGAAGUCGAAGGACGAAACAAAAGAAUGUUUCUUUGGACGAACAGCUGCUGGAAUCUUGUGGGGCCUUGUCCGCGCUCUCGGAAUGCACUCAACAGGCUAUCGCCCAUUUCCUGAGUAGUACACCACACGCAUCCAAUGGGAACGGCACAUCAUCAGAGUGGUCGGUGGCUCUCAAAGUAAGGAAACAGUCCAAACAAGAACGAAAGCAAAAUAUAAUUCAAGUUGUAUCUAGCAUAUGUGCUCAGGUGGCUGGAAAACUAGGACUGGAACGUCACAAUGUGGUCCAGACUGUGAUUCAGCAACUUAUUUUGCCCAAAACGACUGACUUUAGUGGUGGCAAAGUGUCGGUUGUUGGAGCUCGCGCACAUCCACCCAGCGGACAAAUCAUCAUCACUCUUCAGCUACUCGAAACUCCAAGCAUUCCAGCGGAUUACUUGGAUGUGAGCAUGAGGGACGAAAGCGAUGAUUCGGAUGACAAGCUCGGUGCUUGGUAUUACCAAGCUACGCACAAGGCUCUGCUUCCAUCACAGCGGGAACUCACGGUCCGAACCAUAACAGCCUAUGAAUCGGCGUUAGACCCCGAAGCCUUUCGGCUGUACGCUAGAUAUCAGCACGUUGUCCAUAACGAUCCAGAUCCGUUUUCCAAAGAUUCUCCGCCAAAGGAAAAGGGUGGUGAUGAACAAGACGAAGAGGAAAUCGUCAUAUCGGAACUAGAUUGGGGAAAUGCUCCGAAAUACUUUUUGGAUCGUAUCGAAUCCACACUGAACGCACUCCUACAAGGCCAAGACCAGGAGCUUCACAAUGCAAUUUUGUCCAAUUUCUACAGCUACUAUCAAUUUUUGGUGGAAGCUCCGUUCCCCUUUGGUGAUGGCAGCGUUCCAUUGCAGGCCCCAGCCUGUGGAAACUAUCACCAACACUACCGAAUUGGAGAAUCCCUGGUGGCAGUGGGAGUGGUGGAUAUCCUGCCCGAUGGAUUCUCGUCCGUGUAUCUUUACUAUGAUCCCGCGUUCUCGCAUCGGCUUGUCCCCCUUGGCAAGUACGCCACUUUGAAAGAGAUCGAGUAUACCCACCGCGAGCUCCAAAAGCCCUACUAUUAUUUGGGCUAUUACAUUGAAUCUUGUCAAAAGAUGCGAUACAAGGGAGAAUACAAACCAAGCCAAUUGCUUUGUCCAAAGUACUACCAAUGGAAGGAUGUCGAAAUUGCAUUGCCGAAGCUUCGGGAAACAACGCGGCAUGUAUGUGCCUUUGGGGACGAGGAUGAUCAGCAACAGCAGCAAACCAUAGCUCAGAAUGACAUUCGAAACCAUGAUUACUAUUUGGGUCAAAUUCAAAUGGACAUUGGAGCAGGAAUGAACGUGGUGUUUGAUAUGCUGCAAGAGAGUGGAAAAGAUGUGGUCAAACCAAUUUUAGAGGAAUUCAUGUUGGAAGCUGGUUCUCAGCUACCAACCAAAUGUCUCGUCAAGCUUACAUAG